AGGGUUUUAUAUUCCAUAACGCCUUCCCCAAAUUAUCCAGUCUUUCUCUCUAGGGUUUACAGUUGUUCUCUUCUCUGAACGAAAAUGGAUCUAACAAAGAAACGCAAAGCUGAUGAGAACGGCGGUGCUUAUCCCGUAUCCAACGAACUCGUCACAACUGCCGCCGCGCCGCCGGCACUUGCUGUUCUUUCCCCGGAAGACAUCGACAAAAUUCUUGAAACAUUCACCAAAGACCAGUGCGUUUCAAUUCUCCGUAACGCCGCCCUACGCUAUGCUGAUGUUCUCGAAGGUCUACGUGCUGUCGCUGACGCCGACGUAUCUAACCGCAAGCUCUUCGUUCGUGGUCUUGGUUGGGAGACCACCACCGACAAACUCCGACAGGUUUUUUCUGAGUUUGGAGAACUCGAUGAGGCUGUAGUUAUAACUGAUAAGGCGUCUUCCAGAUCUAAAGGGUAUGGUUUUGUAACUUUCAAGCACGUUGAUGCUGCUAUUCUUUCUUUAAAGGUGCCCAACAAGAUAAUUGAUGGCCGUGUUACCGUCACACAGCUUGCUGCUGCGGGUAAUUCUGGGAAUUCUCAGUCUUCUGAUGUUGCGCUUAGGAAGAUCUAUGUUGGUAAUGUUCCAUUUGAAAUUUCGUCUGAGAAGCUUUUGAAUCACUUUUCUAUGUAUGGAGAGAUUGAAGAGGGGCCUUUGGGAUUUGAUAAACAAACUGGAAAAGCUAAAGGUUUUGCUUUUUUUGUCUACAAGACUGAGGACGGAGCUAGGGCAUCUUUAGUUGAUCCCGUGAAGACAGUAGAAGGACAUCAGGUCUUGUGUAAAUUGGCAACCGAUAAUAAGAAGGGGAAGCCCCAGAAUAUGGGGCAUGGGGGUGCCCCUGGAAUGAAUGCUGGACCUGGAGGAAUGCCUGGUGAUGAUAGGGUUGGAUCCAUGCCCGGUUCAAAUUAUGGUGUUCCUGUUAGCGGUUUGGGUCCAUAUUCAGGGUUUUCAGGUGGGCCUGGUCCAGGAAUGCAGCAGCCACCACCUCAGCCUGGCAUGGUGGCACAUCAGAAUCCACAUCUGAAUUCAGCUAUUGGCGGGCCUGGAUAUGGAAACCAAGGACCGGGAUCCUUUACAGGUGGUGCUGGUGGAUAUGCUGGCGCUGGUGGAUAUGCUGGGGCUGGUGGGUAUGGUGGUAGUUCUGGGGAUUACAGUGGGUACAGGAUGCCUCAAAGCUCUGCUGGAAUGCCUAGUUCAGGAGGUUAUCCAGAUGGUGGUAAUUAUGGUUUGCAGUCUUCUUAUCCCUCACAGGUACCACAACCAGGAGCUGGGUCAAGGGUUCCACCAGGUGGGAUGUACCAGGGCAUGCCUCCAUACUACUGAGGUGUCUUGAGAGCUUCUUGGAUGCAACAUGCUUUAAAUGGUUGUGGUGAUUUCCUGAUUGCAGACUGAAAUCUUUGGUUACAUGGACUGCUGUACAUCUGUUGCUGCUUCACCUAUCUGCUCUUAUGUGUGGCUGUUAGUUGAUACUUGCUAGUAUUAAGUUAGUAUGUAGGUUCUUCAAAAAUUGCUGUAUCUUUUGAUGAGCGUAUUGAGGAUUGAUGUCAGUUUUGUUAUCUUAUAUUUUACCCGUACUUCCUGUUUCUUAUAUGUUCCCUAUCUGAUGAAUGUGACAUUUUAGAUCUUCUAUCAUAUUAUGUUCAGCCAUUAUUGGCUU